CAACGUAAACAAAUCUUGGUCAUUCAAACUUUAAGAUAAGCAUUGUGGGUUUAUUGUUUUCGUCGUCUCUGAUAGGGGAAACAAAAUGGCACUCAUCUCAACGUGUCAACUGCUUCUGUUAAUUCUUUUGGAUAUCUUUGUUUCUUUAAGUUACGGAAAGACCCUAGUUUUACUUGAUAAUGCUAGUAUUAAAGAGACUCAUUCUAUUUUUUUCAGCAAACUUUCUGAUCUUGGACAUGAGCUAGUUUUCAAAAAUGCAGAUGACCCAAGUUUAGCUUUAAUUAAACAUGGAGAAUAUUUGUAUAAACACUUGGUUAUAUUUUCACCAUCUGUUGAAGAGUUUGGUGGCUCACUGGAUGUACCAGCUAUUACAAGUUUUAUUGAUAAUGGUGGAAAUGUGUUAGUUGCUGGUAGUUCAUCAAUUGGAACUCCACUUAGAGAACUUGGUAGUGAUUGUGGAAUAGAAUUUGAUGAAGAAAAGACUUCUGUAAUUGAUCACCAAAACUUUGAUGCUACAGAUGAUGGCUCACACACUACGAUUCUGGCAGAUUCCUCUAACUUAAUCAAAUCAAACAUUUUACUCCCUUCAUCUGUCGAUUCACCUUUAUUGUUUAAAGGAGUUGGUAUGAUUGCAGAUUCAGAUAAUCCUCUUGUAUUAGAAAUUUUAACAGCUUCUUCAACGGCUUAUUCUUACUUUCCUGAUGAAAAAAUUACUGAGUAUCCAAUGGCUGUCGGAAAAAAUACAUUACUAAUUGGAGGACAGCAAUCUAGAAAUAAUGCUCGUGUUGUAUUUUGUGGUUCGUUAGAUUUCUUUAGCGAUAAAUUUUUUAUGUCUGGUGUGCACAACGCUGCUGAUCCAAACUCUAAGUUUUUCGUUCAAUCUGGAAAUAUGAAAGUUGCAUUAGAUGUUGCUGGUUGGACAUUUCAGUCUCAUGGUGUUAUUCGUGUUAGUGAAGUAAAUCAUCGCUUAGUUGGUGAAACAAGUCCACCUGCUGCAUACAUUAUCAAUCAGCAAGUUGUUUACAGUAUAAAGAUAGAGGAACUAUCACAUGGUAAAUGGAUACCUUUUCAAGCAAAAGAUGUUCAAAUGGAAUUUUUUCGUAUUGAUCCUUUCAUUAGAACAAGUCUUACUCCUUCUAAAAAUGGCGUCUUUAGCGUGCAGUUUCAGUUACCCGAUGUUUAUGGCGUGUUUAAAUUUAAAGUUGAGUAUGAUAGAAUCGGAUAUACUUACCUGUUUAGCUCCACUCAGGUUUCUGUGCGUCCGAAACAACAUACUCAAUAUGAACGAUUUAUUGUAUCAGCUUAUCCUUAUUAUGCGUCUGCUUUCAGCAUGAUGAUUGGCAUCUGCAUUUUUAGUGUUGUGUUUCUUCAUAACAAAGAUAAUCAAAAAGUCAAAGACGAAUAGUAUAUAGUCAACAAUUUUCGAAUUUUAAAGCGCUUUUUUACUGCAGUAGUUGUUAUUCAGUUUUUAAUUUUGAUCUUUUUUGAGCGGUUUAGAGCAUAUUAUGCAGGUUAUAGGAACUCGGUGUAUCUUCAGUUUUUACUUAAUGUGUAAAUUAUUCAAAUUGUGAGCAAAAAAAAAUUAGCAAAAAUGGAUUCAAGAAGCAUAUUAUUUUCAUAAAAGAAUAAGUUUGUAUAUUGAAA